AUGGAGCCACAUCUGUCACCACGGGGCCCAAGCAUCUCUGCAGAAGCCCUGCCCCCGCCGCCCCGUCGAGGCCCCGCGGUCGGUCGGAGCAGCCCUGGCGGCCCGGGAAGGCUCGGGUCUCGGGGCGAGCAGGCCGGAGGCAGCGUGCUUGUUUGGGAGGUGUCCAGGAAGAUCCAGCCGGAGCUCCGGGCGGAGGGGGCUGGUGUCACUUGGGUUUUGUGCGUGUCCCGUCCCCGCCCCACCCCCCAGCUCCACUUCAAGCAAAAGGCCGAAGGGUUUCGACCCCCGAUCGCCCACUUCGAGCUCACGCUUAGGGCCCUUUCGCCGCCGUCCAGCGGACAGAGAAAGCAAUUCCGCAGCGAGGCGAAAGCACUCUGUGAAUGA